CUCUUCCUCAAACCAGACUGCUCUGACACAUGGCUCACUUGAAACGCAGACGACGUUUGGAAACCUGCUGUAAGAAGUCAUCAACAUGUCUUCUGAGGAAGAGACUUCUCAGAAUUCCUCUUCCUCCACUCCCCCUCCCUAUUCUUCUUCUUCCUCCUCCUCCUUACCUCCACCUGCCUCCCACUUCAUCGGGAAGAAAGAGGACAUUGUCAAGGCCGGGCGCGUGACCAAGAUGGUGAAUGGAUGCAGAGAUAUACUGGUUCUGCACCACCAGGGGCAGCUUCAUGCAAUGGACACACGCUGCUACCGUAAGCUCAGUGUGUGUUGGUUUUUACAUAUGCAGGAAGCUAUAAUUGUACAGCCUGUCCUCACCUUUAGUUGGUGUCCUGUUGACAAAUUUAGAAAGAUGAUUUCAUUUAUUGUCGUAUUAUAUUUUCAAGUGUGGAAUUUAAUUUCUGCAAUGGCUCAUCACACUGAGGCCUAUAAGACACUUGUUUUUCCACUGACAGAUUCAGGUGGUGCAUUACAGUAUGGAGACAUUGAGCUGCACAGUCUUAUCUCCCUUAUCACCUUCAUGCUGUGCCAACAUCAGGAGUUUAAUGGGCGGCUGUGUAUCGUGUGUCCGUGGCACAAGUACAAGAUCACACUAGCAGAAGGGGAAGGGCUUUACCAAGCUGUGGAUGAUCCUACAGCCAAACCCCUGAGAACACACUGGCGCUCCAAGGGUGUCAAACAGAGGAUUCACAAGCUCACUGAGGUCAACGGGAAUGUAUACGCAACAUUGAACGACUCUAGUGAGGCCAUAGAGUCAGACGUCUACCAGACUGAGAGAUAUAGGACUGACUUACUCAAGACCCAGCCAAAACCCAUGGCCAAGAAAUAACCAGACUCUCAGAUGAUUGAUGACUCAACCACAAAUACUGAAAUGCUUUAAGGACAAUGUGAGAAGUUUUGUUGUAUUUCAUUGGAAAGCAUAUCAAACCCCUUCAGAAUCCGUUUGUCACAAUAAUAAUUAUCAAAAAACUGUGACCAAGUGUGUGAGCCAAUAAGCCUGUAAGGUUUAUAUGAGUCAAUCUAUGACGUAUAAUGUAUGAAUCUCUGUAGUAAAAUAUAUAUAUAUAUAUCUAUUAUACAUAUAUAUCUGCAAUUGCAGGGUGUGUAUCAUUUCAGUGCUGAUUUUUGUGCUUCAAUUGGACAUCCUUAGAGUUUUGUGCUGUUUACUGUUCCUGUGCUCUUGCUCUGAUGGACACCGUUUGUUUUAGCAAGAUCAGAAAACAUAACUGAAGACAUUGAACAAAUCGGUAGGUAUGAUUUAGAAAUGUCUUUUAGAAUUAGAGUUUUUUUUACACUGAACUUCGUCUGCUACAGAAUAUUGUGGUUUCUAAUUAUUAAAUGGUUCAAAUAAACUGUUUAUUUUUGGUAGACAAAAAGGAUGAUUAUUUUUAUGUUCCAUUGUCACGAUAAAUUAUAUGAGACUUAUUAUGAUGCUAUUGUGUCAUUUGUCAUAUUAUAUACACAGCUACGUUCUUCUAAACACAGUUCAACAAAAGUGUAAAAUUAUAGAUAAUUACAAUGCUGAUUUUACAACGAAAACAUUAGAUCAGCUUGUAAAAUAUGAAGCAUUGGUAUAUGAAACUACCCAACAGUACAUAGUAGUCCAAAUUACCUCAAACUUGACCAACUACAACAGUAUAUGCUACUUCCACAUCAUUGUUUUAGUAACUGCAAUCAAUGAUGAAUAUCACAAUCACAAUGGUUGUU